GUGAGAGCACAUACUCACAGACACAAGCUGAAACUUGGAGCUCACAAACCCUUCCGUCGAACGUGGAUUUUCCUCCAACCAACACACACACCAUCGGACCGAACACACACCACUCCAGAGACUCAAAAGAAAGAGGAGAGCCUCACAAAUAGGCCUCACACACACACACACACACACACACGCACACAAACACACAUUUUCUGCCUCUCCGGGCAAAUCUCUUGGAUCAGACACCUCGGAGAGAGAGAGAGAGAGAGAGAACCUUCCAGAGGACUCCGGCAAGGGUUGCAGCAGAAUGGAGCUUCUGGAUCUCCUCAUGGAGCAGCAACCAAUCACAAUGGCCCAGUGUCAAGGAGAUGGCGGCCAUGGCAACCACAGCUGGCCAAUUACAGACCUCCAACAGCCCCUGCCUCCUGCAGGUGGCGGUGUAGAGGACUUCCUGGACUCUCUGCUGGACGAGUGUGUGUCCGGCCCGUCCUCCUCCUCCUCCCCGCUCUGGGCCCCCUCCCCGUCGGACAGCGGCAUCAGCGACGACCCGCAGUCUGACCAGCUGGACAGCCCCCCACCCCCUCUGCCCCCCGCCAGCCCCUGCUUCGACCAGCUCUACUUCCCCCCCACACUCGCUCUUCCUCACCCUCCCCAUCAUCCUCAUCAGAACCAUCAUCUUCCUCCUCUUCAGCACCCACAGCAGCAGCUGCAGUCUUUAGUCACUGGGAUGCUUCUGGAUGCUACGGAACCAGACAUCUCAAUUGACCUUGGAGGAUGGGAUCCAUCUUUCUUCUCCAGUGUUCCACCUCUGAUGCAACAGAUGAACUCCAGCUUCCCCCUCACUGUUAAAGAUCUACUGCUCUCAGGAACGGCAGAACAGUCUAAGCAGUCCAGUCCAACCACUCAGCAGGACCUGGUGCUCAAUGAAGAUGAGAAGAAGCUGCUGACCAAGGAAGGGGUCAGUCUGCCCACCCAGCUACCACUGACCAAGUAUGAGGAGAAAAUUCUGAAGAAGAUUCGCAGAAAGAUCCGAAACAAGCAGUCAGCACAGGAGAGCAGAAAGAAGAAGAAGGAGUACAUUGAUGGUCUCGAAGCCAGGAUGGCAGCCUGUAAUGUACAGAACCAAGAGCUGCAGAGGAAAGUGUUUCAGCUGGAGAAAAACAACACGUCUCUGCUAGAACAGCUGCGGAGACUGCAGAGUCUGGUCAUGUCCAGCAGCAACAAACCAGCACAGACAGGAACUUGUAUUCUGGUACUGCUGCUGUCCUUUUCGCUGAUCCUCUUCCCUAGUCUGAAGCCUCUCUCACGCAGCCGGGCAGGAGACACAGCAGACAUCAGCUCAGCCCGAGUCCACUCGCGGUCACUGCGCUCCGUGGUGGAGGUGCACUUCUCCCCGCAGCACCCCCAGCAGGCCGAUACAGGCGCUGCGCCCGCCCUGUUGACCAAGCUGAAGCUUGCACUGCGUCCGGGCUACGCUGACAUGGAGCUGACCUUGGCUGUACCCCCUCCAGCACACAACCACACCACCCUGGACCCCCCCCACCCGGACCACCCCGACCACCCCGACCACCUGCACCACCAUGACCCCAUCACUGGGCGGGGCUCAGUGGGGGCGGAGGGCGCGUACGCCUGGAUGGCCCACCCUGACGCAGCCCUGCUUCGUCGCCGUGACAACCGAUGAGCGGCUGACGCUGCUGCUGUUUGCUGAUGCUGUUGCUGUUGCUGUUGCUGUUGCUGUUGCUGUUGUUGAUGUUGCUGUUGCUGUUGUUAUUGAUUAUCUUUUUUCUUUAUUUGUUUGUUUGAUUUGGGUUGUUUGUGUUUGCAUUGUUUGUGUGCCUGUCCAUGUUAGUUGUGACUGGCCAUAGGGCUUUUGUAAAGUUAAAGACAGGACAGGGGGCUUUCACACUGGAAGCGACGUUUAACCUUUGAGCUGUGUGUUUCCGCACUCAUGCCUUCCUGUCCUGUGUAUGAAUGUUUUACUGACAGAGAUCAGGCCAGUCAGUUGUCCUUUACCGAGACAGACAUUUCAUCAAAAUAACUGCCUGUAUGUGGAUUUGUAUUAUUUUAUUACUUUAUUUCUUAUGAAAUGACAACUAAAAAAUAUCUUUCUACUGUAUAACAGUGUAAAGAAUAUAUUUGUUUGAAAUUGUGUA